AUGGAAGUUGCUGGGAAUCAAAUUAGAGUCCAAUCCCUAGCCCAAAAUGGUACAGCACAGGUGCCACCUGAAUACAUACAACCUCCAGAUUGCCGUCCCAAUGUCUUACCAUGUCCAAACACCUUGGCUUCUGAUAAAAGUAUUCCACUAGUUGACCUCAGUGGCUCCACAAGUGAUGUCCAUAGAGUGUUGGGACAAGCCUGCCAAGAAUGGGGUGCAUUUCACGUAACAAACCAUGGUGUUCCCAUCCAGUUGCUGGAUGGUAUGAGGAAAAUUGGCAUCACUUUCUUUGAGGACUGUCCCAUGGCUGAGAAGCUGAACUACUCCUACGAACCCAAUUCUUUUGCUUCUGAAGGCUAUGGAAGCCGCAUGUUAGUCUCUUCCAAUGACACGGUUCUGGACUGGAGGGAUUACUUUGAUCAUCACACUCUGCCUCUUUCACGCCGCAACCCCUCACACUGGCCCAACUUUCCCCCUAAUUACAGAGAUGUUGUCUUGGAGUAUAGUGAUCACAUGGAAGCCCUUGCUCAGAGGCUCUUGAAACUGAUUUCAGAGAGUCUACGCCUUCCUUCUUCACAGAUUGGAGAGGCUGUUGGAGAUUUUUACCAGAACAUCACAAUCAGCUAUUACCCACCUUGUCCACAACCUGAGCUCACCCUAGGUUUGCAAGCACAUUCAGACAUGGGUGCAAUUACCCUUCUCAUUCAAGAUGAUGUUAGUGGCCUCCAGGUUCUCAAGGAUAAUGAGUGGGUAAAUAUUAAUCCUUUAUCUGAAGCCGUUGUCGUCAUUUUGGCUGAUCAAACUGAGAUUAUAACAAAUGGAAAAUAUAGAAGUGCUGUGCAUCGGGCUAUAACAAAUUCUACCAAUGCGAGACUCUCAGUUGCCACCUUUCAUGAUCCUGCAAAGACAAGGACAAUAUCCCCAGCUUCCAAGCUCAUCAGUGACUCUUCUCCUCCUCGGUACCGCCAGGUUAUGUAUGGUGAUUAUGUCUCAUCAUGGUAUACUAAGGGUCCGGAAGGGAAACGCAAUAUUGAUGGCCUCCUACUCUGA